AUGUCGCUGCGGGCCAAUGCCGACACCGCCUCCAUCCUCAGCUACCAGUCGCGCGCCCCUACAGUAGCCACCUCGCGCAAUGCCCAGCUCUUUACUCUCGACACCUUCAGCAGCAAGGACUUUAUAGUAAAGGACUUCAUCGAGACACUCUCCGAGAAUGCGCAGCCUACGCGCCGCUCCACGGGGCAGUCGACGAACCAGCAGACGGCAUUCGACCCGAAACCGCUCAUUCGUACAUUCGAACAUGCUCUGUCGAGGCUCAAGACGCUCAGCGAGGACCUGGAGCUACGAGAAAAUGAGCUGAGCGGGAGCGUAAGACGGGCUGAGGGCCAGCAUAAUUCCAACAUCAAGUCGCGCGAGCGGGAGCUUGAGCGGGCGAUAGACAACUUCCACCGCUUGGAAAGGACACUGGACGGGGAGGGAGAUGCUGGUGGUAAUGUUGCUAUGCGGAUAGGCGAGAGGCUAGAAGAGCUGGAUAAGCAGAGGCAACGGGCGCAGGACGCCAAGUUUGUACUGCAAUGCUGGUUGGAAGUAAGCGAGAGGGGUGAUUUGGCAAUGCUGGAGGAUGUGAGGAGGACGGGCGGCGGAGAUGGAAAGGUGCGCUGUGCGCAUAUUGCUCGCCAACUGCUACGGAUAUCGCAUCGACUGGAUCCAUCUGGAAACAGGAACAGCGGCAAUCCUCAGACGAACGGUGUACACUUUUCCAAUGGCGUGAACGGCGACCAUGAUGAAGGCUACCAAAAUGGCUACUCAAGGAGCAGACGUGGUGGCCAGCAGCCUCGCGAGCUGAUUGAGAAGUUUUUGGAGAAGUUGGAGAAGGAUCUAUUGAAAUCCUUCGAUGACUUUUAUCGAAGGCAGAACUAUGAUGGCAUGCGAGAGUGUGCCCUAGCGCUGCGCGACUUCAGCGAUGGCAACAGCGUCAUCAGUCUCUUUGUCAACCAGCAUCAGUUCUUCAUCGACCGGGCCCAACUUGUAACGGAAGACUUGGCCACAGACACCGACAUCUGGGAUCGGCUUGCGGAUCCAGAUACAGAGCCUCCGGGAGUGGAACCAACCCUUCAGAGUCUGAUAGAUGAAGUCAAGAUUGUGACUCAGGAGGAAAGCUAUAUCCUCAAGCGAGCAUUUCCGUACUAUGAGGAAGUGCUGACUCGCUUCGUUCAGCGAGUCUUUCAGCAGAGUGUGCAGCAACGACUCGAGAUGGUGCUGAAUAAGGCGGACAGCAUCUCAAGUUUAGCAUUUCUGAGAGAACUUCAAGCAUGCAGAUCGUGCAUCGCAGGACUAGUGGAGGACCUUAAAGCCCAUGGCUUGACUGAACAUCCAGAGCCGGCAUCUUCAGUCAUUGCGGCUGUGCUCGACCAGCAGCUGGACGAACUCUUCGUGCCUUACUUUACGGGCUCAUCUUACAUUGAGCGGGAGAAGCGCAACCUUGGGGAGCUGUUCGAGGGUUUGCUUUUCAAAUUCACCAUGUACCACUCGCGCAGGCGGAAGAUGAAUGCUUCGAGCAACGCGUAUCUUGCACGUGGGAAAGAGUUGAUGAGCAACGUAAGGGAGAAUUACAUUGACAGACUCAAUAACAUGGAUCUACCGACUGGUCAGAAAGCGAUCAUGCUUCGACUAGCUGGCAUGCACGACAAAGAGCAGUCGACUACCCAGAAGGAGAUCGACAUCACUGAGGAGGAUGGCCAGCUCAGCCUACCGUACACGAAGCGAAUGCUGAAAUGGCUCGCAGAAGGCGUGGGACGAGGUCUGGAGCUUGCGGGCGGCAGCAACGAGACUCCGAAAGAAGUGCAGGAACUACUUCAUCUCCUCAUUGCCAAUAUGGGCGAGAUCUACCUCGAAACGGCACUUGACGCAAUGUCCGACGCAGCCACGACCGCCGAACAAAACACUCGAUCAGAACCUGACCUCAACUACAUCGCCGAUCUACGACCAGCCAUCAGCGUGCUUCACCUUAUGCUCACCACCAUCCAGCUACUCCUCCUCCCACUGGCAGCAAGCAACCUCACCAUCCGCCGCGACCUCGAAAAGCAAACCUCCACCUUCAUCACCCGCAUGGAAACCAAAAUCGACAGCAUCCUCCAACGCACCAUCGACGCCGCCCUAUCCUGGACCGCACGUCUCCUCUCCCAACAGAAAAAGACCGAUUUCCGCCCCAAAGACGACACAAACCUGCAGCUCGACCGGCUCCAAACGCCCACUUGUCAAAGCAUCUACACCUUCCUCUCUCGCCUCCACACCCGCGCCCGCACCGCCCUGUCCGCCGGCCGCGUGCUCGAAUCGUUCAGCCUCGAACUCGCCGUCGGCGUGCGCACAUUACUCCUCAACCACUUCAAAUCCUACCAAGUCUCCCCCACUGGCGGUCUGAUCGUGAGCAAGGACAUCACGCGCUACAUCGAGCUCUUCAAGGCCUGGGAUCUGGAUGCGAGUUUUGAGCCCAGUCUAGAGGUGUUGACGGAGAUUGCGAGUAUUUUCGUCAUUGGGCCGGAGGCGCUGCGGGAUCGAUUGAGGAGUGUUGGGGUGGUGGGACAGGGCACCGCGGCGGGUCUGGCCGGGGUGGAGAAGGGGGAUUUGAGGCCGUAUGUGUUGAGGAGGGAGGAUGCGGGGACGGUUGGGGUGCAGGCUGUGCUGAGUGGGUUGUGA